GCCAGAGGCUUUAGUGUUUGGCGGCCGGUGGUUGUAGCAGGCAGUGUAUUAGCCAGGUUAUUAAAAGAAAGUCACAAAAUUACUACGCACCGAAACGAAAUUCGAAAGCAACUACUGAAAUUCGAACAUACUUGGACUAAGUGGUGCAGUGAUGCCGAUGGAAGUUAGUAGUUGGCAGUUAGUUGUCUGUAACGACGCCUAAAAGAAAGUUGCAUUCCAUUGAAUAUGCCGGAUGAAGUACUCAGCCCUUUGGAAGACGAGGAAAAAUCAUUGUGUUUUCGCGGUCCCUGGGCUUGGCUGGUGCUCAUCACAGUCUGUUGUAUCGGCAUUGCUGUGAUCAUGUGGCUGCUGCGCAAGUGUGUACAGGGGCCCUUUUAUUGUAAAAAGACACGCAUCGACGGUAAAGUAGUGAUCGUGACGGGCUGUAAUACGGGCAUCGGCAAGGAGACAGCCAUGGAGCUGGCGCGUCGGGGUGGACGUAUUUACAUGGCUUGUCGCGACGCAGCGCGUUGUGAAGCCGCACGUUUGGAGAUCAUUGAACGCACACAAAACCAAAAUGUAUUCAACCGCACACUGGACUUGGCUUCAUUGUCAUCGGUGCGCCAAUUUUCCGAACGUUUUCUGGCAGAAGAGCAACGCCUGGACAUUCUUAUAAAUAAUGCCGGUAUAAUGGCCACACCGCGCAAGCUUACCGUAGACGGCUUCGAGCAGCAGUUUGGUGUGAAUCACUUGGGUCACUUUUUGCUGACGAAUUUGCUGUUGGAACGCCUAAAGACGAGCGCACCCAGCCGCAUUGUGGUGGUAAGUUCAGCGGCCUACAUUUGCGGACGCAUCAACAAAAACGACUUGAACAGUGAGAAGCACUAUUCAAAAUUUCUGGGCGCCUACUGUCAAAGCAAGUUGGCCAACAUUUUGUUCACACGAAAGUUGGCUGAACUGCUUAAGAAUACGGGCGUAACCGUCAACUGCGUUCAUCCCGGUAUAGUGCGCACUGAAUUGGGUCGCUACAGCAUUGCUACACAUUGGUUCAAUGCGAUUUGGUUGCGCGUAUUCGGCUGCUUCGUGAAAACGCCCAAAGCCGGUGCGCAGACAAGUUUGCGUGUAGCAUUGGAUCCGGCGCUAGAGAAGUGCAGCGGUGGCUUCUACGCCGACUCGACCAGUUUGCCGUUACUGUCGAAAGCCAAGGACAAGGAGAUGGCGGAUUGGUUAUGGAAAGAGAGCGAAAAGCUGGUCGGCUUGCAGGGAACGACGAAUGCAGUGCAAACAAUAGUAGUGGAUCAAUGAAGCUGUGUCAAAGCUACGUAUCGCGUCUUUCUGAAGAAAUGUUUCAGUCUUUGUCAUAACUGUUCGUUUUCUGAUUAUAAUCACAUAAUUUUUAAGUUUCUACAAAUAUAUACUCAUAUUACACACAUAUAAUUAUUUAUUUCGACAUGAAAUAAAAACAACAACAACACUGAGAGUGAUAGCACCUUAGUUCAAACGAAA